GUGAGAGACAGAGAGUGAGUGAGUGAGUGAGUGAGUGAGUGAGUGAGUGAGAGAGAUGUACUGUGCAGUUCUCCUCUCCUCUUUUCUUUUCUUGCUCUAUGUGAGCUGCACUCCUCAGUUCUACGGUCACUAUGGGAGGAGAGUGUGUGUUGGCAGCGCUGGCAGCAGUAGAGUGGUGUCCAGUACAGAGUCCUUCAUCCAGGCUGUACACAAGCCCUACAUCACCAUGUGCUCCAACCACCGUCUGUGCAGCUCCUACAAGACAGUGUACAAGGUGUCCUACAGACAGGUGACCAGAACGGUGCCGGGCACUCCCUUUUACCCAGAAUGCUGUCCAGGAUGGCGCCGCCUACACUCCCACAGCUGUAACCACGCGAUGUGUGUGCAGGCGUGUGUGAAUGGAGGAUCUUGCAUGAGGCCAAAUCACUGCACGUGUCCGACGGGCUGGACUGGGCACUACUGCCAGAUAGAUGUGGAUGAGUGCCGGGGGUCUCAUGGUUGUGCUCAGCAGUGCGUGAACUCUGCAGGAAGCUAUCGGUGCGUGUGCGCCCACGGAUUCCGCUUAGCGGAAGAUGGACGGUCGUGUCAGAGUCCUGCUCCCUCCCCCACGCCAGCCAGCCAGCCCAAAGCAGACGAUCGCCCACCCACCAGCAGCGAUGCAGGUGGAGGUGUGGGGCUGGCGGAGAACGUUACAGAGGAGGUCCAGAUCCUCCGGAGCAGAGUGGAGCUUCUGGAGCAGAAGCUGGAGAUGGUUCUGGCGCCGCUGUCCACUCUCUUCCCCCCAGAAGAUGACGACAAGAACGGCUUCCUCUUCGACAGGACCAACUUCCUAUCUGACCACACCACUUUUCUGUCCCACUCGCUGCGGCAGCUGGACCGAAUCGACUCCCUCAGCGAGCAGGUCGGCUUCCUGGAGGAACGCCUUGGAUCGUGUUCCUGUCAGGAAAACUAGACAGGCGGGCUGGAUCUCCGUCAACUGCUCAGACCUGAAUCGUUCACGCAACCUGAACUCAAAGAAGUCCUGAGUCCUUCCACAGGAGGAAGAAGAGCAAAGAAUCCAGCAGCACCUAAUGCUAAUUAGUUAUGCUAAUGUCCUUUUAAUCCAUGUUUAUAGAUAAAGGUGUGUCAGAAAAUUCAGCGGGGGUGAUGGGAACCAGGCGUCGCCAUGACUACAACACAGAUAGACACUUUAUUUACCCUCCAGAACCUCUACAACACAGAUAGACACUUUAUUUAUCCUCCAGGACCUACACGAGUCUUCUUCUGAGACCAGGAUCAGAAUUCAGGCCUGAGGAGUUCACACCACUAUGGGCAGUACGGGGGCUACACAGACCACAUGCUCACGGACACGACCUCUGACCUUCUCCACUACUUCUACACCUGCUUUCUGACCUGUCUGUCUGUUUUAGUGUGUGGGCCAAAGCACAGCUGCAUACUGUCUGGGGGUCUGUAGGCUGGGGGACAGCGGAUCUCUGUAUUUAUUAGAGCUGACUGUAUAUAGAAUUAUUAGACAUGUCCGUUCUCACUUGUUUGAUUUCAGCUUUUAUAAGGAACGUUUUUGUAAUAAACCGAUUUGCUAAUGAA